UCUUGGGUUAAGUAUGUAGUAUUUGUGGUCAUUUUGUAAAGUAUUAAUAUCUGGAAGGUCAAGUUCUCUUCUAUGGUUAUGUAAAGAGCUGGAGAUAGAAGAGGAUGGUAUUUUGGGUAUUUCCGUUUGUAGUUUUUUUUGUUGUUGUUGGAGUGUCGGUUACGAAGAUGAGGAAACAAAUUUGUACAAAAAGAAAGAAUUCAAAUGAUAUAAAAUAUUUACUUUGAAAGUGAAUCUUUAUUACUUCUGAGACCAUGCGCAUUGAGGUAUCAUACGGGGUUCACGGGCUCGAGUUCAUAGGCCCAAUUGAUUAAAAACACAUAAAAAAAGGGUUUGUUUCGCCGAACCGGGCCUUACGGUUGAACUCGUAAGGGGCGGGUUCAAGCCACGUGUCCUCCUCUCAGUGGCUUCUCCUUUCCGCGUUGGCGAGAGAGAAAGAAGGGUCUCGGCGUCUUGAUUCAUUUCUCUCAUCUCCGUAAAAGCUAGGGUUUUUUUCUCUCUGAGGCGAUUCUCUGUGCGACCUCCAUCUCCGGCGGUAUUCUCCAGCAAAUCCACUCUGGUUUCUCUUCUCCACCUCUUAGAUGGAAACUCCCCGAGAACCUCAUUUCUUCAAGCCUCUUCUUCCUGGUUUUCACAGUGGCGUGGCAAUACCACUUGACUUCUACUCAAAACACAUACAAGGGGCUGAGAUCAAUAAACCAUGGAAGCUAAGAUCGGACGCUUCGGAUCAAAUUUGGGAGGUGAUCCGAGAAGGCAGGACACUCACCAAAGGUUGGAAAGAGUUCACCGAAGCACAUGAUCUUCGAAUCGGUGACAUUGUCAUCUUCAAACACGAAGGAGACAUGGUCUUUCAUGUGACUCCUUUUGGUCCUAGCUGUUGUGAGAUUCUGUGGUCCGACGCGGAUGAUGCUCCUACUUUCUCAUACGACUACUGCUUCUUGGCUGAGGUUACUCCUACAAAUCAAAAGGACGACAAAAUGUUUCUUCCUGUGGAAGCUAUGAGGUGUGGUGCUUUGAACCAACAAUGCAAAGAGGUCAAACUUGUCAACAAGGACGGAAAGUCAUGGACUGCGCGCUUCGGAUUUAGCGAAUCAGACGGCGCAUAUUACAUCAGCAGAGGGUGGAGAAAGUUCUGUCGUGAUAACAAAUGCACCAACGGAGAUUUGUUUGUGUUCAACGUGGUUGGAGACGGGACGACAACUCCAUUACUGUGUGUAUGUCCGGAAAGGAAGGAGUGUACUGAACUACUGAUCAAGCACUUCAGCAGAAUCGAUGGUAGCAUUGCUUCUACCUCACGAAAUUAGAUGGCUCUUUUGCGGUCUUUCCUCUCUAUCAUCUUAACUUGUUUCCUUUUGUUUCAUUAGCAACUUAUCAACUUAUGCAUUUCGGUUUGUAAAACUUGAAUGGUUUUUCUAUGUGAACUUUUAUCCUAAGUUAAACAUUCUCGAACUUAA